AUGUUAGACCUUUAAAACCAUGGGAACCAGCAGCAUUUUUUGAAUUAGGAGCAAAUGAAGAAUAAAUAACAUUUUCUUUAGAAAAUCCAAAAAUAGGAAAAUAUGACUCUUUCAGCAAAACCGACUGAUUAAGUAAAAUUUGAAUAAAAUCCUCUUACUUUAAAUUAUUUUGUUGCUUAUGGUACUGUUGUUAAAGAAAACUUAGGAGAGUAAUUGAUUUAAAGUUAAGAAUCAUUUGAGCAUUUUAAAGAUAUUACUUUAAAAGUAAAUGGUAAUGUUUUAGAUAAAAAUUAAUGUUAAUUUAGAGAAGAUUCUUAUGGUAAUUAUAAUAAAUAUAUAUGUGAAAUACCUGCCUCUCUUGUAGCAAAUGUUAAAAACAUUUAAAUUGAAUUACAAUAAUCUUAAAUAAGUUUUCUACAAAUUACUGGAGUUAAAUAGAAAGAUAUUAAUUAAAAUCUUUUAUAAAAACUACCUUAAACUCACUUAAUAACAACGUUAAUGCAUGAUGUUUUAAAAUAUCAUGAAUUCAAUUAGAAAUUAAUGUAACACAUUCAUAACAAUAUAGCAUCUUAAUAAUAAAGAUUCAGUGCAAUUAAAGUUUUGUGUAAAUUAUUCUAAAGCAUUCCUUUUGUCAACAUAUCAGAUAUCAUAAAACCAGCAGGUUUCAUUUAAUUGCUUUUGAUGUUGAAGAAAUAUGCAUCAUUGGAUUCAAAAGAAUAUUAUCCUUAUAUUUUAAGUCAUUUAAAAUAAAUCGCAAAGUUUAUUCAUAAAAUUGAUUCAUCUCAUUUUAAUAAAUUAAAUCAAUUAUAAAUUUUCUUGAUGCUAACUGAAGAAUAAUUAUUUUCUGAUAGAUAUUAUAAAUUAACUUAAUUUGUAGAAGAUACUCCAUUAAUCUCUUCAGUUUUAGGUGAAGUAUAAAUAUAAAUUGAAAUUAGCAAUAAAACAAAAGGUAGAUUCUGAUAAACCAAAUAAUUUGA